GGAACAACAACAACAAUGCCAAAAUGGAUGCCUUUGAGAAAAUGAUCGUUUAAUGUCUAUGAUUUCGAAUGAAAUACAGAAUGAAACAUACACAGAAAAGUGUGGCGGCCUGCAAAAAGUUAAAAAUGAAAAAACAAAAAACAGAAAGCAAUACCUUGGAAAGUGACCUGAAAAGCGAGAGUACAAUUAGAAAGGACUUUGAUCCCAAAAUCCAAACUAGUUUAAACACUAUAUCGGCUAUAGUAAGUUCAGAGACAUUAAAUUCAGACCAAACAAUAGAUGACUUGAACUCUGUUUGUGUCAAAAUUGAGACUGAUGAAUGGUAUAGUACGGCUUCUGAUUUUUAUUCUGAUUGUGCCAAAUCAAAACAGGUUCUAUGGGAAGAGAGACAUCCAGAUUGCAACAAACAAGAUGGCUUCACCUCUGAAUGUGUGAAAUCAGAACAGAUGGAAUGUGAAGUUAUGCGUCAAGAUGUUACUAGACAAGCUUGCUUCAAUUCUGUAUGUGUGAACAAAAACACGACUUCCAAUUCAAAUGUACAAGAUGAGCUCCAUUCUGUAUAUGGGACAACACAACAUUCUCUAAAUCCAAUUACAUACCAGGAUUAUAUAACAACAAAUGACUGCAAUAAUAUAUGUGGUAUAGCUAAACAGAAUAUAAAGACAGAAACAGACAAUGAAAAUACAACAGCAAAUACAAGUACACAUUCAAAAACACCAGAGAAUCGAGCUAAACUGGCCGACCAAUAUUCUGUAUAUCUGACGUGGGAAGAAAUUGAACUAUCAAAUGUUGAUGAAUAUUGUGCUGAAUCAGCUGUGGGUGGAGGAACAAUACAAACGGACCAAUACUCCAACUUUAAUGUUCCAAGACAUUCAAACCCGGAAAAAGAGAAUGAUGUGACAAGAACUCCCCCCCUUUUCCUGGACCCAGCUAAGAUUAAAUUGGAGGGAAAUAGUGACCAUGUGAAGAAAGAUAAAAGAAUGAAGAAAACAAGGUCCCCAGAAAAAGACAAGAAUGAGUACAUUCUUCAAGAGAGGAACCUUGUCAGCUGUAUGAGCCUGGAACCCCAAGAUAAUGACCAUUUUCUCUACUGUGGAGAAUGCAAUAAGGAGUUUGACGGGGACUGCCCUGUCCAGGGACCCUAUAACUACAUACAGGACAAAGAGAUGCCAGAAGAAGACCCUUUUAAAGCUGAGCAUACCUUGCCAGAUUGCCUUGAAAUCAAAACAUCCAAAAUAGCUGGAGCUUGUCUUGGAGUGUUUUCCAAGGAGGGACUGGAAUCCAGGAUCAUGUUUGGACCGUAUGGGAUCUAUAAUGAUGGCAAAGGGAGUCACUUUGUGGAUGCCCAGAACAAAGCCACCUCUAACUGGAUGAGAUAUGUGAACUGUGCUAUGACGGAGGCAGAUCGGAACCUUUUAUGUUUGCAGUACAAAGGAGGCAUCUAUUACUGCACAUUGAAGCCAGUUUCACCAGAUGAAGAACUGCUGGUCUGGUACGGAGAUGAAUUAGCAAGAAAACGUGGCUUCAUCAGACCCAAAAACCUGCAGAGCAGUUGUUCAAGUAAAAACAGUGGUCACUUUAAGGAACACAUGAGUAUACAUGCAGGAGAGAGACCGUACAAAUGUGAGGAGUGUGGUUAUGCAUGUUGCAAGAGUGGUGACUUGAAGACACACAUGAGUAUACAUUCAGGGGAAGGACCUAACAAGUGUGAGGAGUACGGUUAUGCUUGUAAGCAGAGUUCUGGCUUGAAGAAACACAUGAGGAUACAUACAGGAGAGAGACUGUACAAGUGUGAGGAGUGUGGUGGUACUUUUAACCAGAGUUCUGACUUGAAGCAACACAUGAGGGUACAUUCAGGAGAGAGAUUGUACAAGUGUGAGGAGUGUGGCUAUGCUUGUUACCAGAGUAGUACCUUGAAGACACACAUGAGGAUACAUUCAGGAGAGAGACUGUACAAGUGUGAGGAGUGUGGUUAUGCAUGUAGCCAGAGUAGUACCUUGAAGACACACAUGGGGAUACAUACAGAAGAGAGACUGUACAAAUGUGAGGUGUGUGGUAAAGCAUUUAAACAGAGUGGAAACUUGAAGACACACAUGCGGAUACAUACAGGAGAGAGACCGUACAAAUGUGAGGAGUGUGGUUAUGCUUGUAAGCAGAGUAGUACCUUGAAGACACACAUGAUGAUUCAUACAGGAGAGAGACCACACAAAUGUGAGGUGUGUGGUUAUGCUUGUAAGCAGAGUAAUACCUUGAAGACACACAUGAUGAUUCAUACAGGAGAGAGACCACACAAAUGUGAGGUGUGUGGUUAUGAAUGUAACAGGAGUGAAACCUUGAAGACACACAUGAGGAGGAUACAUUCAGGAGAGAGACUGUACAAGUGUGAGGAGUGUGGUUAUGCAUGUAACCAGAGUAGUACCUUGAAGACACACAUGAGGAUACAUUCGGGAAAGAGACUGUACAAGUGUGAGGAGUGUGGUUAUGCAUGUUACAGGAGUGAUACCUUGAAGACACACAUGAGGAUACAUUCAGGAGAGAGACUUUAAACGUUUGAGGAGUGGGGUUAUGCUUGUAACCAGAGUUCUGUCUUGAAGAAACACAUGAGGAUACAUACAGAAUAGAGACUGUACAAAUGUGAGGUGUGUGGUAAAGCAUUUAAACAAAGUGGUACCGUUCAAGUGGGAUGUGUGUGGCUUUUCAUUUCAACAUAGAAGUCACUUGAAAAAACACUUGAUGAUACAUUCAAGAGAAAAACAAGUGUGAGUUCUGGUUAUGCAUGUAAGAAGAGUGGUAAUUGAAGACACACAUGAGGAUACAUUCAAGAUAGAGACUGUACAAGUGUGAGGAAUGUUUUAUUGCAUCUUUCACUAGUGGUAACUUGUAGAAGCACAUGACCAUACAUAAUUGAAGAAAUAUUUAAAACAGGAAAAUAUCACUAAUCUCUGAUACGUGUUAGGGCUUCUUGUGAUUAAUAUAAAUUUGUAUAAUCAGAUAACUAAACAAUCGUCUCUUAAACGAUACGCCAUGAAGGUUUAGCAUUUGAAAGUAAAAUUAUUUUGUGUUCCUCUACCAAGUUUGUUAAAAUCAUGCCCCUAUGAUAAAAACUUGCCUUGUCCUGAAUUUCAUCUAUUUUGUUUCCAUAUUAGGUAUAUAACGGUAUAGAACACUUUAAAAAGAAAUCUCUGGAACAAUAAGGCCCAGAGUUUUGGUAUUUGGCAUCUUAGUUUGUUCACAACUGGUACAUUGAGGUAACCGGUGUUACAUAUAUGUAGUAAAACUGACACAAAUCACUGAAUCCCCUAUGCACAAGGGUUUUGUAGUUAGCAUGAUACAUACAUGUAGCAUGGUUGUUUCCAUGCCCAUUUGAUUGAAACCAACAUUGUGGUAAACUUGUUUGAAUUAUAUAUAUUUGUCAAGUUUGAAAGUGAUUGUGGUCGGUCAAGUAUUCUUAUAUGGUUACAGUGAAACAUUUUGAACACCGUAGAAUAGUAUGGAUAUAACGGUAACUCAAGUUACAUGUAUGUGCAUUAACUGUUUAUAUGAAUGACCUGGCUAAAUUCACAAACGAAGGGCCAGUUUAUGUAUGUAUAUACACAGCAAGGACAUUAUUUGCAUGUGAAUUUACCCAAAAGUAAUAAUGAUAAUAAAGCGUAUUGGCAGCUAACUUCCCACUUUGCUCGUGUACACAUCACUGUAACAUAAUUUGUGUGCUUGGAAUAUGAAGAUAAACUGAUAAUUUAUCUAUAUCUUGCCUUCCAAAAGCAGUAAGUUUUGAAAACACCUAGUUGCCGCAAUAAAAUCGUUUGCAUUAUUUACAAUA